UUAGCAACAAGUUCAAACAACAGUGAUGAGGAAAAGAUGGCGACGCAGAGGGAACAAGAAGCUGCUAAUUAUCUCCAGAAACACAAAAUACCGGAGCUUUUCGACAACCUGACCAGCAUGCUCUUCUUUCACAGACCUGGUUAGAACCUUUUUUUUCAGUAAAACAUAAAUACUAAACACAGAUACUCGACGACAGGAGGGUAAACUGAGCCAACCGUCAUACACUGUCUAAAGUUAGCGUUUUAAACACGCAGUGUAACUUCGAUUUCUAGCUGGAGUGAGUUAGAAUUGAAAAACUGGAAAAAUGUGUUUUUCAGAUAAUCCCAGGGAUUUUCUGGUGGAGCAGCUGAAACAGCUGAAGCUUUCUCAACAGUCUGGUGUUAAGGGGCCAAAUCUAUUCAACGAGGCCAACCUGGAUGCAGUCUUUGGGAUCCUGGAUCCAGCUGAGCAGAAAUACAUCAGUUUUGCACAGUACAAACAGGGUGAGUACAUGAUGUUGUAUUUAUAUCUCCUUUUUUGAUAUGUUCAGCAUCAUACAACAGAAGUGUUUUUUGACAACAAAUGCACACUGAGUGUUUUAUUUCCCACAGCUCUGACCACAUUGGGCAUAAAAGACAUUAAUGAAUCUCCUGAAGGUGUAAAAGAAGAUAGGAUAUCACGGGAAACAUUCAAAUCAGAGACGUAAGAGCAGCUCGCAGUAUCAAAAACCAGCAUUAAAAACCAGCGCAUCAAAAUCAUGAAUGUAAUCGUCUGCCUCUUUGUUUUAUUACAGGAUACAGGGCCUACAGAGAUACUCAGCAACCUACAUAUGAGAUGAUGUUUUUUUCCCCUCUGCUGAAUUAUUAUUUAUUCCUUUGAGAUUAAAAUGCUGAUGUUGGUAUUUUGCUAUAAAGAAGUAACACUUUUUCAGAGUUUAGAGACGUGAAAUAAAGAGGUUCUGUGUAUCCAAAAGUCUACAUCCAGCUGUUCAUCCAAGUAAUGGAGGAGGAGUUUUCCCCUCUGCUGAAAUAAAGUGAAGUUUGAUGAAUC